AUGGUUGCUACCAGAGGCGUUUCGUACUUUUCUUCACCACUGUUUUGCCCUAUUUACGCACACAUAUCAUCACCAGAUCACCACUCGAUUCACCUUUGUGUUGCACCAUUCGAUUAUGGUGUUAAUGUGAUGUUGUUUCAUUAUUUUGCCAUUUCCCACAAUUGGUCUUCAGAACGUACACACCUCACCACAAUGAUCCCUAUGAUAUUUAGAUCCCAUUCCCAACUCACAUGGAUCUACAGAUUUUACGUGUCUUUUACCACGCCCAUUGUGUGUUCAAUGCUGCGUACACAUCCUUAUUUACACGUGUCUAUAUACCCAUUUGGUUAUAUUGGUAUGUAUCUGCACUUGUCUGGUCAUAUACAUGUGUUCGUGUAUGACCACACCCAUAAAGAUAUGCACACAUAG